AUGCUUAGGAGGUUGGAGAAUGGUGACAUUUCGGAAGAUGAAGAAGAAGACAAUUUAAAACCCCACAAAUGGGGUUUUAAAUUGUUUGUUUUAUGCAAUUUGGGCGGUUUUGCUUAUAGAUUCAUAAUCUACUCUAGGAAAGAAGCUAAUGAAGGAUCCUCAAACAAUCAAAACCUGGGAGUUGUGGGACAAACAGUUAUGAAUUUGCUGAGUGUGGUACCCAGGCAAAGAAAUCAUAUUGUCUAUUUUGACAAUUACUACACAUCUUUGCAAUUGAUGUAUAUACUUGCUAAGCAAGGUAUACAUUCUCUAGGCACUAUUCAAAGAAACCGACUGGGAAAAACUUGCAAGUUGCCAACUAAGCAGGAUGUUAUGAAGAGUUCAAUUCCAAGAGGGUCUUAUGAAGAGUAUGUUACAAAUUUUGAAGGCAUUGACAUGACAACAGUAAGUUGGAAGGACAAUAAGCAAGUUGUGUUAGCGUCGACAUACAUUGGAGCAUAUCCCGUAGGGAAUAUCGAACGAUUCGAUAAAAAAGAAAAAAAGAGGAUUCUUAUCACGUGCCCAAAGCUAAUCAGGGAAUAUAACAUGUACAUGGGUGGUGUAGACCUCAUGGAUUCCUAUUUAGGAAGAAAUAGGAUUCGAAUGAAGAUCAGAAAGUGGUACAUGAGAAUCUUCUAUCACCUGCUUGAUUUGACUGUAAUAAAUUCGUGGGUGUUAUAUAAAAAAGUUGAAGAAAAAAAAGGAAACCACAAAAAAAUCAUGACCCUUGCAGACUUUUGA